AUGAAGCUCGACGUGCCCAAAUUCAUGGCUAUGAUAGCCGUGGUUCUCACCAUGGUUGCUCCUGUCUUGGGAUUCUGGAGACUUCCUUGCCGUGGAGUCCUUGGUGUAGCCCGCAUGGACCCUAUCUUCGAACCUGGCAGGCCCUCCCCCCAUGCGCACUCUAUUGUUGGAGGUGGGAACUUUGCCUUGAAUACCAGUAGUGAGGAUUUACUAGGCUCAUCCUGCACUUCCUGUGAGGUUGCCCAAGAUAAAUCCGCUUACUGGACCCCCAGCUUGUAUUUUAUUCACGAAUCUGGCAAGGCUGAGUUGGUGGAUCAGACUGGUGGAAUGCUUAUCUAUUACCUCCCCCGUGGCCCUAACGUUCUGGCAUUUCCCAGGGGCCUUCGUAUGGUCGCCGGUGAUAACUAUCAACGAAACUUCACCAUCUCGGAUGGCGAUCGCCCGAAGUCUUCCUGGACCAAAGAGGACAAAUCCCAGCUUGCACUGGGUCAGAGGGCCCUCGGUUUUAACUGCCUGAACUACAAAGCCCAACCCGAACCAUCUCUGUUCCGUCACGCUCUCCCCGACCGACGUAUGCUUGAUGAAAAGUGCCUUGAUGGUCUUCGUACGGAAAUAGUUUUCCCUUCAUGCUGGAAUGGAAAAGACCUCGAUUCUCCUGACCAUAAAUCCCAUGUUGCCUAUCCAGACCUUGUUGACAACGGUGUUUGCCCCGAAGGGUUUGACAAACGCAUCGUGAUGCUGAUGUAUGAAACCAUCUGGAAUACCAAUGCGUUCAAAGGUCUACCUGGCGAAUUCGUUUUCUCAAAUGGAGACCCAACUGGAUAUGGCUACCAUGGUGAUUUCAUUGAAGGAUGGCAGGAAACUGUUCUUCAAAAUGCCAUCGAUCAAUGCACCAACCUUUCAGGAAGAGUUGAAGAUUGUCCUCUUUUCAAACUCCAGAGUGAAGAUGACCAACGCAAGUGCAAGCUUGUCAAGCCUGCUGCCCUGGGCGGCGAAUUGUAUAGCCUCACAAAUGGUGGUUUACCUGGUAAUGUUCCUAUUAUGAGAGGCCCAGGUUACGCAAUGCCUGAAGGUACACCUUCAGAAGGUACCCCUUCAGCACCCGAAAAGGUUUCUUCUUCUUCUCCUCCUACUAUCUCCAGCCCCAAGGUCAAGUUACCGUUGCCUAGCAUGCCUGUACCUUCAAUCCCUGAGGCACCUGUCUCUUCGAAACCUGAGGCCCCAGUCCUGUCGAAACCUGAGGUCCCAGCCCUUUCGAAGCCUGAGACAACAGCUAUGUUUAGUUCUAAGACUACGGUUCCCCAGCCUAUAGUCACACCACCACCUGAAACAAAGAGCAAAGAAGCUGACAGUAAAAGUAAUGGAGCAGAGGUGCCAUAUGCCACCUCAUAUUCCACUGAUGGACCCGUGGUAUAUGAGAUUGUUUAUGUCCGCAAGAUCGUUACCGAAACCGUCACUGCAACGGCGACGCAGCUCGCAAAGCGUCACGAGAAGCACAAUGCAGUCAUUGGAAGGUUCUUCCGCCACCGCCAUGGUCGAAGCUUCAACAAGGCAUAA